UCAGGGGCGUCCCCCCAAGACGACGAGAGGAAAAGAAGAGCGAGCGGCGGAGCAGCAGCCAUGGCGACCACUCUCUCGUUAUCUUCUCCCCUCUUCCUCGCCGCUCCGCCCAGAGCUAGAGGAGGAGUGGUUUCAGCCGGUCCAUCAUGGAGCACUGCAGAUCUUCCGUGCAAGGGACAUUUUGCUGGUAUGAGGAGACGUGGCCGGAAGCAACAACGAAGCACACCAAUAGUAUCUCUGUUUGGGAGAAAGACCGCGAAGAAGACCACCAGAGAAACGGUCGUCCCGGACCCAGACUACCGAUUACCGAUCGCUAUACUUGGGAUAUCUGGUGUGUUUGCAUAUGCAGACAAUCUUCUUGCGGCUGCACCUGUAGGCCUACUGGGGCUGCUUCUCUUGUUUCAGACUACUAGAGUUAGGUUCGUCUUUGAUGAUGAUUCCCUGGAAGUGAAAGUGGGCAAUCAGCUGCAGGAGUCAGGCGAAAACGUAUUUGUUGGUGGCAAGAACCGUUGGAAGUACUCAACAUUUGUGAACUGGGAACUAUGGUGGCCGCAAUUUCCUAUCCUAGUGUACUUCAAAGAGACCCAAACAAAACCCGAAGGCCAAAUUCAUUUCUUCCCAGUGAUUUUCAACGGCCGACAACUCUAUGAUAUCAUGGUAGAGCGUGCUGGACCGUCGGAAACAAGUGGGCCUGGUCCUUGAGACAGACGACGAGUUGUGCUAAGUUCCAGGAGCCAAAAUCAAUGGUGUCUUCACUAAGCGUGUUAACAGCCCUUGAAAAUCUCCAUGCAUGAUUUGAAGAAAGUACUUGAAUGUAUGUAUUCUGUGUUUUGAAAUAUAGUAUCCUACUCCUUGAAAACAAAAGAUGUACAAUAAGCAUGUUAAAGUUGAUACGUGAGAUAAUGAUGUAAGAGCAUCUCCAAUAGAGUUGGUAAACUCAUGUCCAAUCCCUACGAAGUGUUAGAGAUAUAUUUGGGAUACAUGUAUUUGGUAGUCUAGGAUUUGUAAUCCGUCUCCUGCCUUAUCUCCAGGAGAGGCUUCUGUCCUUCAAGUCUUGUACUCAAUAUAUACUCAGCCCUCGGGGCUCAGUAAUACAUCCA